AUGCGGCUAAUUAACACCAAAACUUUAGAACUCCAUGAGUUCUUCAACGAAAACACGCCACCUUAUGCGAUCUUGUCUCAUGCUUGGGCCGAGCAAGAAGUUACCUUUCAAGACUGGCAGAACCGUCAGCAAGUCACCCAGAAACACGGUUAUUCGAAGAUCCUGAAAGCAUGCAAAGAAGCUUUGAAUCAUAACUUAGAGUGGCUCUGGGUCGAUACGAACUGCAUCGACAAGAGCAGUUCAGCCGAGUUGUCAGAAGCGAUAAACUCGAUGUUUGCGUACUAUCAAAAGUCUGAAAUCUGCUUCGCCUACCUUGCUGAUGUACCGACAGUAAGUCAAGACAGCGAGCUCCUGUACAGUCAGAUUCAGGCGAGUCGUUGGUUCACUCGAGGCUGGACACUCCAGGAAUUGAUAGCGCCUAAGCAUUUGACGUUUUAUGCUGCCGAUUGGACCGAGAUAGGCAACAAGGGAGGGUCUUUGGGCGAGUUGAUUGCAUCAAUCACCAAGAUUGAUAUGGUAUACCUCAGUGGACGCGGACGCAUAUAUCGGGCUUCUGUCGCGCAUAGAAUGUCAUGGCUGUCAAAAAGAACGACCACCCGCACUGAGGACAUGGCAUAUUGCAUGCUUGGAAUAUUCAAUAUCAAUAUGCCUUUGUUGUAUGGAGAAGGUAAGAGGGCAUUCUUUCGACUACAGGAAGAAAUCGUCAGGACUUGCAAUGAUCAUACUAUCUUCUGUUGGGAAUGGACUGACGAUGUUCCAAACGACUGGGCAAGUCUCCUUGCGCCGUGCCCGAGUGUGUAUGCGGGCUCUGGAGAAUUCGAACAACUCAACAGCGACGAGAUAUCAGUCUUUUCAAUGACGAAUGCCGGACUGUCCAUUCGUCUCCCGGUCAUUACAGCUUUCGGGGUCUCACACACCACUGCCAGCUCUUGGUUCGUCAUGCUACAGGCGGCGCCAGCACACACCAUUCUCCAGCAUCCAGAAGUAGCAUGUCUUUCGGUCAUGGGUCGUAGGGCAGGUGAUUUGCUCUAUGUAACACGGUUCUCAUACCCUUCUCGGCCCAUGACUAUAUCAAGAACUUGUAUUGAGAGCUUUAAAACAGAGUCCCUUCUCGUCAUGAACAGGCUUGCACCCGGUAGAGGAUCCAGAAUGAUAAAAGGCCCGUUGGAAGGCAGUGGCGAAAAUACGGUCACCUUCAUCCCCAUCUUCUGCUCGCCACAUCUUCAGGGCCGGUGGGAUUUUCACGGCUUGUAUGGGUGCGAUAUUACACCGCGAUCGCUCUUGGCCACUAUCACGUUGACAGCUGAUGUCGACAAUAUCGGAGUGGCGGCCGUAUUGAUGGCAAAAGCCGGCAGGUAUCCAGAUCCGGAUUCUUAUAUCUUGCUGGGGGUAGAGAAGAGUGAAGAUUCUUGUCAUGCUACGGCGAAACUUGUGGAAUCACGACAGAAUGAUAUGGCAUGGAACUCUGACGGUCUGGAUAAGACUAUGAAGCAGUGGAGGCAACGAGCCAUUGGGGGCAACUCUACGUUCUCGGGUGCAUACUAUAACAAGAUCCUAGGGGUGACUAUGGUGUUGAGGAGAUCUACAGAUGUUAUGAGAAGCACAAGAAACUGUUAUUUCUUAUGUUUCUAUGAGGGCGACGUUGCAUACAAUGUUGCCAGAAUGGCACGCGGAAGCUUAUAG